AUGACAGUAAUUGGAAUAUACGCUCCCACAAAUGAUGAGAGUGAAGGUGUAAAAGACGAUUACGAGGAAACUCUAAAUGACGUAUUUGAGCAAGCUAAUAGCACAGGAGAAGUAAUCCUAAUAGGAAACCUGAAUGCCAGGUUUGGAAGAAGAAACAAACAUCAUAUAGUGGGAAGUCAUGGAGAAGAUGUUGUGUACAAUAACGGCGAGCACUUAAUCAAUGUAUGUGAACAGCAUGAAUUGAAAAUCAUGAAUGGAUAUUUCGAACACAAGAACAAACACAAAUUCACUUGGCAUCAAGACAUGCGAAAACUCCAGACAAUAAUAGAUUACCUUGUCAUAAAACAACGAUCCUGCUUUAAGGUGUUAGAUGUGAAAGUACACAGGGGCCCCGAUUGCGGAAGCGACCAUUACCUAGUAAGAGCAAAAAUUGCGUGUCCUUUCAUCAGCACAGGUUCAAAGGAAUGGACAAGCAAAACAAAUUUUCUGGGAGAUAAAAGGUAUAGCUUGGAACGCUUAAAUGAAGAAAGUGUACAAAAUGUAUACAGAUGCCGACUAAGACAACAACUUAGAGAAAUAUCAGCAGAGGGGAUGUCAAUAGAAGACCUACACACCAAUAUAAAUAAUGCCAUUCAUCAGGCCGCACUUGAAGCACUGGGAGAGUUAAGAAUGGAAAGGAGAAGACACAACCGAUGGUGGAACGACGAACUAGAACAACUAAAACAUGACAAACAAAAAAAAUGCACCAAAGAUGGCUCCAGAGCAAACAACCAGAAAGUUUAG